UUGGAUGAAAUGAUGAAAGCGACCAUAGUACCAACCUUUUAACGCAAAGUUCUGUAUGACUGCUUAGUUGUUUCCACGCUUUAUAAUAAAACACACACAUUUCUUAUUUAUCUACCUGCACACCUCCAUGUAGUCAAAUUGUCUUUGGUGGCAUUUGGAAAACAAAACUACAAGCGAGUAAGUAAACUGCCAAUGGCAUGUUGAAAAUUAUCUGAGAUGUCUACCCUGAAAUCUGGCAAUGAACGCAACAACUUCAUGUGUUCGUAAAUACAUUUCAAUACACAAGUGUUCUGAUUGCCGCAUGGCCGUUUGUAUGAAAGUAUGCCUCCGUUUACUCUCUGAAAUUUCUAUUUCUCUGUUCUUCAUUAAGCACAAGCAGUCUAUUUGUUGCUCUUUUUCAUUUGCAAAAGCAUUUCUGGCAAUGUCAAAUAGUGUGUAUUGUGUAGUGCUGGCGGAGUGAAGGUUUUCUGUUUUUUUCGAGAGAUCAAACCUGCUUGUUGUAUACACAUUUAAUCUUUCCUCGUUGUGCAGAUUGUCUAGUUCUUAUUUUUUUUUUCGUUAAAAAAUUGCGAUUCUAUUAAUAUAAGCAUUUUUGAUUGUGAGUAAACCCAAUAAAAACAAUCGCUAAAACGUUCCAGCAUUUUUUACUCGAGUACAUGGUUUAAUUAUGUCAGGGACCAAUGUCUGUCGCCUGUGCAGAAGUAGCUGUAACGACAGUAUACGUUUGCGCGAUGCAAACGGUCGAUGCAAUGAAGUAUACAAUAUCGCCAAAAAAUAUUUCAAACCUAAGUAUCUAGACGUGGACCGUGGAUGUUCAACACCAAAUGCGGUUCUAUGCAUGGAAUGUUGGCGCCAUAUAACCGGAUUCAACAGUUUCCAUCAGACAAUACAGCUCUUACUGGAUAAUCUUCACAAUGAUGAAGAGCAGAACGUAGAAGAAGAAUCAACAUCGCAAGAGUUCCUUAAUGCAAAGAUAGAAGAAUCUUCCGAGGUGAUUACUAUAACAGAUGACUUUGAUGAAAAUGAUGCAGCUACCACAUCUACAACAAAUCCCAUGGCGGGUUUCAGUGCAGGACAAUUGGUCGUUACUGACUGUGCCGUACAAUUUUCAACUGACGUCGGAGAUUAUCUGGAAAAUACUUCAGGCUCUAAUGACAUUAAAUCUACUGAAGAUAUAGCUCCACAAAUCGAAGAGCCAUAUGAUAUCGAUGAUGAUUUCGAAGCGGAAGGUGGAGAUGUUUUUAUUGUUGAUGAGUUUGACAAUUGGGAUCCGGAGGCAGUUGAUUCCGUAUCCAGUACGGAUAACCAGUUAGUGGAAUUAACAAAUAGGCCUGGCUCGCCUGAAAACUCAUCGUCCCAUAGUGGGACAAAGGAGAGGAAGACUACCUCAGAAAUCGAUGCAACAAUUGCCAAAUGGAGGCCACAAUUGGAGUGCCAUGUUUGCUCUGGCAAAUUUCCAACAUUUUCCGACGUUAAAAAGCACUUUGGUCAGCAACACCCCGGCAAGGAAUUUUAUAUUGCAUGUUGCGGACGCAAAAUCAAAUACCGCUUCCGUGUGGAGGAACAUGCCGCCUUUCACAUUAAUCCCCAGGCAUUCCAAUGCCAAUUAUGUGGAAGAUGUUUCUCCGCAAAAUGCAGUUUAGAUGGCCACCAUCACUUUCAACAUUCCCUCAAAAAUAAGAAUUCCGAAGAUACCUUUCUUGAUAAAUGUCAUUUUUGCCCAAAAACGUUUACUUAUCGUACAGGGGUGUACCAGCAUAUGAGAGCAUACCAUGCCGAAGAGCUGGCCAAGCGAAGAGAAGCUGCCAUAAACUCCAGGUUCGAGAAGCAAAAUCAUUUUGAACUUCCGCCCAACAAGAAGAAACACGGUAAAAUGAUUUUUGACAUAUGUAAAAUUUGCUCAAAAUCGUUUACCUAUCGUACAGGAUUGUACACCCAUAUGAAGUCUCACCAUCCCGAAGAAUUCGCCAAACGAAAUAAAAGAAAACGUUAAAUCAAAUCAAACCAUGAAUUAGUAACUGUUCUAAGAAUAGUCC